AUGACCUCUGCAGCUCCUACUCCAAAAGUUGUCGGCCAAGAAAUGAAAACGGGAACCAAAGUACUCGAAACAGUCAUCGGAGCAGUACAAAGCUUCAAACCUGUAUUGAAUAUUUAUGAACACGCAUGCGGACUUCACUUCUAUGCUCAUGACAUGACACGACAAGUCGAAGCUCACCAUUACUGCUCUCAUCUUAAUGAAGAAGUUCGCCAAUGUGUAAUCUACGAUUCGGACGAGGAGGAUGCUCGAUUGAUUGGAGUAGAAUACAUAAUUUCCGCUAAAUUGUUUAUGGCCCUUCCUGAAGACGAAAAAAAGUUCUGGCAUUCGCACAUCUAUGAAGUAAAAUCUGGUCUGUUGACCACACCAACGUCUCCCGUGAUCCCAAGAACUGUCGCGGAUCAAACUGAAAAUAAAAUUAUGAAAGACUUGAUUGAUACUUACGGAAAGACUUGGCACUUCUGGCAAGUUGACCGUGGUGACAAAUUACCAUAUGGACCAGCUCAGCUCAUGAUGGCGCCACUAGAAGACAGUCAAGUCGACAUGGGCAAAGUUCUGGUACGCGACGAUAAAUACAAAAUUUCUACUGUCGAGAAACGUAAAAUACGCGAAGACAUCCAGCCGAAAUACAAAAAAGAAGCGGACGCGGAUCAUUGGGCAGCUCGAGAAGACGGACAAGUCUACCAAACUGAAAUGAUACUUGUUCCGCAAAAGAAAAAAUAUUGA